AUGCAUAAUGAAAUUAAACUAAGGGUAUCAGUCGCUAACAAGAGUUACUACGCCUUGGAAAAAUUGUUCAAGUUAAAACUCCUCUUUAGACGAUCAAAGGAACGCCUGUACUCAAGUUUUCUACGGCCAGUCCUAACAUACGCGUGUGAAACAUGGUCGACUACUAAAGGGGAUGAGGAAAAAAUGGCUUGCUUCGAAAGAAGAGUUCUUAGAAUGAUUUAUGGACCUAUACUAGAAAAUGAAGUUUACAGAAGAAGAACUAAUGUAGAGGUACAACAAAUUUAUCAAAACCCGGUAUCAACGCGUACCUCAUAAGUAAACGAAUUGAAUGGGCAGGCCAUGUAUGGAGGUCAAAUGGAGUUCUAA